ACUUGUACGUGAAUGGAGUGAGAUUAUUAUCAGAAAUUUAUCAUAAUCGGUGUACAUAGAGUAGUAAAGUCGCCAUUGUGAUGUAUGUAUAAAAGCUAAAGGCGAUUGGUCGAGUCUUACCGUUAAAUGCCGUAGUGGGGAAAGUUAAAUUUUAGAGGCGUUACAUACCAAGAGUGGGGAAAAUAUACCUACUGCUUUCAGUACCUUAGAAUUGAUAAACGGAGCUUGUGUCAUUUUCGAGUUAGUUUUGCUCAAGUGCGUACACGUUUUUCUCUAGUAAUUGUUAAGUUCGACAUACCUGGGGCCUAAUUGUGACGUCUGACCUUUCAAUAGAUUAGGUUAGUAAUGUCGAAUAUUUGUCGGCUUAAAAUUUGUGAAGUGAUAAAUUUUCAUUUUAAAUUAUUGGAAAAAAAUAAAGGAUUAAUUUUGUCAAAAUAGACAGAAAAAAAAUUUUUUUUUUAAUACGUAAUGACUGAAGUCAGUAGUGUAGGAAUGGUGUAUUACAAUCAACUAACGAUGUACCGUCAACAGCAACAGGCACAAGCGACUCUUCACCAACAACACUUAACCAGCCAGCAGCAGCAACAAGCAGCAGUAACUGCAGCAGUUGUAGCUGGAGCAGCUGCAGUAGCUGCAGCAGAAGGCUCUCAACAGUACUGGUACCCUCAUGGGUAUCCUCAUGGCCAUCCUUCGUCAGGAUCUUCGCACCAAUCCUCACCUGGAAGCCAACACCAGUACCUAGAUCACCUCUCAAGUCCCACUGGGGACGUCCUCACCUGCUCCUGGCCUCAUUCUCAUCCUUAUUCCCAUCAUCUGCAGUAUCAACAGCCUUUGUAUCAUCACCAAAACCAGCAGAGCCCCAUGACUCCUACCCCCACUGACUGGAGCAUGACCAAAACCAAUAACAACAACAAUCACAACAUUAUUGCCGGCAGUGAACCCAGUCCGCCGAUUACCAUAAGUGGCAGUGAAAUUAGCAGCCCUGGAACACCCGCUUCGCCUAAUAUCAAUACUCUUAAUCCUCCUAAUAAUAAUAAUAAUAAUAAUAAUAAUAAUAAUAAUAAUAAUAGUAGUGCUUCCACGACCCCUGUUAGACCCGCGCCAAUUCGCAGCCCUUAUGAGUGGAUGAAGAAAACUUCGUAUAUUCAUCAGCAGACUCCUGGUAAAACCCGAACAAAAGAUAAAUACCGAGUAGUAUACACAGAUCACCAGCGGCUGGAGCUGGAAAAAGAGUUUUAUUGCAGUAGAUACAUAACAAUCAGACGAAAAGCUGAACUAGCUUCGCAUUUAGCGCUCUCGGAACGACAGGUAAAAAUUUGGUUCCAAAACCGUCGCGCCAAGGAGCGUAAACAAGUGAAGAAGCGUGAAGAACUCGAACAAAAAGAUGUUAAGCCUAAUAUACACCAAGAUGGUCUGCAAACACCCGGCGGAAUGGUCAGUCUUUCAGCUCUGAGUGGGAUGAGCGGGAUGCUGAGUGGUUUAAUGCACAAUGCGAACUCGCCGCCUCUAAAUCUUGGACCUACGUCACACAGUUUAGGUCUCACUCACUCAAGUUCAUCUAUUCAUUCACAUGCACACCAACACGUCCACCCCCACAGUGUUCUUGGAUUGUGACCCGAAAAUCAUCUCGGCAGUGCUGAGUCUUGGUCUACCCCCAACUGGUCGGGUUAACAGUUUACUUUGCUUCUCAAUUUUAUUUUCAUUAGUUGUAAUGAAUACUGUAGAUAACAUGGUAGAGAAAAAAGAAAAAAUUACAUUA